AUGGACUCUCCUGAUAAUCCCCUCGGUUAUCGGACAAACCAACUUGCCCUCCAAAAAUUACAAUACUACCAGGGAUGCGCCAUCAUCGAGUUACGGCACUUAAUGUUCGAGCCAGAUGAUGUCUUUGGGGGAAGACAGCUGAACGAAAGAAAUGUUAAAAGGCUUCUUACAAUUUUCGAAAUUGAAGGUUGCGGUAACCUUGAGCCGGAGCAUCGAGUCGCUGCUAUAAUUGAUCAAGAGACUUUGACAAAGACCCUUACGCACACAAACCUCUCCCGACAGGCACUUCUGGACCCAACAAACCAGCCACGCCUAUUACUGGAACGGGAUGCCCGUCUGACUUGUGUUUACGGCAAACAUCGGUUGAAGGCUGGUGAAGCAUUUGGAGAAAACAGAUGGCUUGUGGACCUCUAUCUAGAUGUCCUCCCCUCGGAAGCCCUAACUCAACUCCGCGAAGAAUCGACGAAAAGCCUCAGACUCACAGACGGAGAGAUUUAUCGCACUCUCAGACUAUACCAGACCCUACAAAACGGCGCACAGGAACAGAAGUGGCUUCUCGAAGAACGCAGUGCAUCCUUUGCGGAUUCAGCGUCCGUACGGCUUGUCGAAGGCCUGAUGCCCGAGUGUUCACUGGGCGACCGGAGGCGUAUCGCCGAGCUCGUUGAAUCAAAGCAAAUUUUUCCUCUUAUUUCUGGAGUGGAAGAGAGGAAGAUCUUACAAGACAAACUUGUCUCAACGCCAGGAAGGCUGAUAUCCCUCAACACGCUCAUUCAGGACACAUUAUUUCUUGAGGGUCCGGCAAAAGCGCUUCAUCGUCUCUGCCCGCCAAAAUUCAUAAAUCUAAGAAAGACCAUGUGUUACCAAUGGAGCCUUGUUGGAACUGGCAGAUCACUCGAGAUUCAAAGAUCCGAACAAGACUUCACGCCCAUGCCAUCAUCGGCAAGUCCUUUCGCUGCUUGUAUGAUCCAGUUAUGGCUUUUUGGACUCCGGCAUCUCGUUCAACAGCACAACGAUGCAAAGAAUAACCGACGCAACUUUGGUUGGUCGACCGAGAUGUUCAGCCUGAGCAAGCUGGCUAUCUUGGCUGACCGGUUGGGUUUCUCCUCGGAUCAAAUCAAGGUGCUUCGAACGGAAAACCUGAGCCAAAAAAUCGCGCAAGGUUUCUUUGAAUCUCUCUGCAAAGAAGAAUUUUGCAGAUUUGAAGAGCGCGAGGUGCAAUCAAUGUCGAACCGGUUCCAGAGUUCUUUGCGCAAUCUUCCAAAAUACAACGAAGGACCGACCGAGAGAGCGCAUUUCACAACAAACAACACCGACUUCAUGGCAAAGCGUAGGUUUAACAGCCCAACCCAAGACCAGUAUGAACAGCAGCGAAGGCAUCUUUUUCUCGAACAAGUCUUCGGCGACGACCAACCUGCAGCACAAUAUCCAACCCCUCUUGGUGUCACGAGAGACAUUCUAUUUUGCUUCUUUGGAAAAGAAAUUUUCCGAGAAGCCUUCAACAGUCGCGACAUCGGCUCCUCUGAAGGCCCCACGGAGCCCCAGAAUGAAAUCCCGUAUGGUAACACCGGACCUAAUCGCAUGGAAACCGACGAGACGUCUCUACGAGAUCAGACUGCAGGCCAGCCUUCCCAAAGCUCCAGGCUAGACCCGGUUGAGGAGGAAGACUCCCCAAGUGAACCAGUCGAAUUCGAUCCUCAUCCAAGUGGAACACCGGAUCGCGACAAAACUGAGGCCGCGCCACCGUUGGCCGCCGGCUUUGAGGAUGCAUCCUGCAAUCGUCCCUUAGGCAUCAAGAAUUAUUUAUCAGUCCAUCGCAAAGUGACCGAGAUCCUUCAAAUGUGGUACCAGUCGCAGAAUCAGGAGCUAGUUGUUGUGUUCUUGUUUGAAUCUCGCACUUAUUACAAAUUCACUACGGGGGACGGAUAUAAUCUACGGUCUACUUUGCAAGAUCUUGCCAGAGACCAUUACUUCUUGCUCAUCAACCAAUAUGGGGUUGGAAUACCGGACAUGAACAAGGCGUACGAGGAAGCAUUGAAAGAACGUCUCGUGCUAGUUGCAAAAAGGGACAAUCCAAAGCAAAGGAGGAAUGAGGAAGGUUCGAUUUCAGCGGAUAAGCUUCGUGAAUACGUAUACAACUAUAACGUUCAUACGGGGAAGAGGAAAGCACCGGACGAUCAAUCUGGGAAACGAAACGUUCCAAUGCAACGGAGUGAAGAUGAUGUUAUGGAAGAAGCUUGA